CUUGCAGGCGUCCUGCGCAACGCAACUUGCAACAUUUGUGAAGCCAGCCGAGCAUUCCGAACGAGAUUAUUGUUCUCUAGCCAGUAGUCUCAAAGUGUGUAAUUUACUGUGUACGUUGGAUUGAUGAUAAAAGUAGCAUAGUUAAAAAUAUUUGUAAUCGAGGCGUGACAAUGCCUCUAUUUGGUAAAAAGGAUUUUGGGAGGAAAUCUAAAAAAGAUGGCAAGGAAUCUGAAAAACAGCCAUCCAUUGAGGAUAAGUAUAUUGUGAAAGAUCUGUUAGGCACGGGCGCCUUUUCGGAAGUGCGUCUGAUAGAGAGUAAAGAAAAUGGUCAAUUGUACGCAUGCAAAAUAAUCGACAAGAAAGCCUUAAAAGGCAAAGAAGACUCUCUAGAAAAUGAAAUUAGAGUUUUGAAACGAUUCAGUGAGCAAGCAAAAGGCGAGGGUGGCGAGAAGAAAAUGUUUUCGCACCCGAACAUCGUCCAGCUGUUGGAAACAUAUGAGGACAAAAAUAAAGUGUACCUCGUCAUGGAACUGGUUACGGGUGGCGAAUUAUUUGAUAGAAUUGUUGAGAAAGGUUCAUACACUGAAAAAGAUGCUUCCAACUUAAUACGACAGGUGUUGGAGGCUGUAGAUUACAUGCAUUCUCAGGGAGUGGUACAUAGAGAUUUGAAACCUGAAAACCUUCUCUACUAUAGUGCUGAUGAGGAUAGUAAAAUUAUGAUAAGUGAUUUUGGACUGUCGAAAAUUGAAGAUUCUGGGAUUAUGGCCACAGCUUGUGGGACACCAGGCUAUGUGGCACCUGAAGUGUUAGCACAAAAACCAUAUGGCAAGGCUGUGGAUGUGUGGAGUAUAGGAGUCAUUUCAUACAUCCUGUUGUGUGGAUACCCACCAUUUUAUGAUGAGAAUGAUGCAAACUUGUUUGCCCAAAUCUUAAAGGGAGACUUUGAAUUUGAUUCUCCGUAUUGGGAUGACAUUAGUGAUUCAGCAAAGGAUUUUAUUCGGCAUCUGAUGUGUGUAGAUGUAGAGAAGAGAUACACUUGCAAGCAAGCCUUAGCACACCCAUGGAUCUCUGGUAAUGCUGCCAGUAACAAGAAUAUUCACGGUACUGUAUCAGAACAGCUCAAGAAGAACUUUGCGAAAUCCCGUUGGAAACAAGCAUACCAUGCCACCACUGUCAUCCGGCAAAUGCAGAAGAUGAUAUUAAACAGCAGCAGUUCAAGUCGCAGCGCCAACCAGACUCAGCCCAAACAAUAGCUGUGUCCAACAACUUGCCCACCUUCAUAUUGCCAUUGAUACACUUGCUUAACAAGGUACUUAAACAUAAUAUAUAAUAUGCUUGGAUUGAGCUCGUAUAGUCUUAAUGUGAUUGGUACUGAGCACUGUUCGUGCAACACUUGUUAAAUUGGUACUUGUGUCACUUUAAUUGGAAUUCAUUGUCAAAACAGUUACUGAGAAUCACAACUGCAAUUUGUUUCAUCGCUAAAUAUAGGUACCAUGUAAUGCUUGAAACUUCUAAUAUAUUAUACUUGAGCUGUGCUUCUAGGAAUAUGCAAUAAGCAAAUUAUGUCAAAAUUUUAUAAAUCAACAAAAUGUUUAUAAGACAUCAUGUCUAGUCAUAUUAUCACCAUGCUUUCCUCAAGAAUAAUUUCAUAUAUUCAUCAUAGUGGAUUACUAUAGUGUUAACAUACAUUUAUCACAUUUUGCCUGCACUGUAUUCAGAAUCUCAUGCUUAUAGUCUGAAUGACAAUUUGUCAUUAACCUACCAACAUGACAAUCUUAUUUACAUAAGAUAAUUGAAUAGCAUUUUACCAUAACUCUACAUGUACCUUCAAAAAUAAAAAAUAUAUUUGAACCUUUAAUAUUUUCUAGUAUACAAAUUGAAAUAGUUAGAUUAUUUAAAAAAGUUCUCUUUGAAGAUACUGACUAAUAAUUAUAUUACUUAGGUACUGUGAUUAUAAUCACUUAUUAGUAAUAAGUCUGUUGCAAACUUCUUUAGAAUGAUACAAAGUGAUGAUAAAAUGGCGAAUAUAUUUAUGACAGUGUUUUAAUACACAUGUCACUUUGAGGUGUUGCUACAAAUUAAUUCGCCCAAGCGCAACAUUAUAACCAGAGAUCUGAAUUUUUAGUCCUUGUGAUGGGCACAUAAUUAUGUCCCUUAUUGCAAAUAUAACGAAAAUAUUUAACCCUUUUAAUGUAGUUGUUUGAAAAUUUGUUGAAAAAAUAUCUCCUCUAUGUUAUCAAAGGGUCUAUUGCCAUUCUUUAUGGAUUUAAGACAAGGAUAGCAAUUUUGUAUUUACGUACAUUUCAUAUUUUCUUUUUGGCUGUCUCGGUGGCGUAGUUGUAAUUGUCUACGCUACGACUACAACUAUCUCGCUGGGUCAUGGGUUCAAAUAGCGGGUCGGACCAAAAAAUAAUUGAGUGGGAUUUUCCAUCUUAAAAAUUAUUCAGUCGCAGUUUGGAGUCGGGAAGUUGGCGGUGUGAUACUUCCGUGCCUCGGAAUACACGUAAAGCCAUUGGUUCUGCCCCUGAUCUUUCUCCGAUCAUGGCUGAUCUUCGUUGUGAUGAGCCACAGUGGCCAAAUUCGGCUAAGAAUAAAAAAAAUCAUUUCCGUCAUUAUUUUUUAUAUCUGUGUCUGAUUACAUCAACGAAUAGGAAUGUGAUUGCCUUUCUGUACCCCCUAAUAACAUUCAUGCAAAUAAAUUAUUGUUAUUUGGGUCAGAAGGCCGUCCAUGGAGGCUGGCGAUAGACACUUCACUAUGUUAUACCUAGAGUAAGUUUCGUGAUUUUAUAGCUAAGUCCUAUUUAUCCACUAUAAUGUUCAAUGUCUUAUUAUGUAGUAAUUGGUAUUAAUAUACCUAUUAUAUUGCACUAUUGAAUCAAAAGUUAAAAAAAGUCCUCUGUAUGCAUAAGACAUCUCUAUUUUGCAAUGUAUGCCAAGUUGGUAGAAAUCUUCACUGCUUAUUCCUUUCUUUCUUUUCGGCACGUAUAUUUAUAUAUAAUUUCUAUGUGGUGUGGAUUUGAUAAUAGCGUUUUUAAGAUCUGCAUUGUAUGCAAGACUGAGACUGUUACGACAUGAUAAACUUUUUUAAAUUGUUAACCUUAGGCAUAGGUAAUUCGUUUUUAUCAUUGCUACUUAGGUAACAUUUUCUUUUUUCUUUUUAGUAAUUUUUAUUUUAGUUUAACUGAGACUUAUAAUGCUUUGUCUCUUUUACUCUUCAAUUAUUAGACGUGAGGAGAAAAGCGACAAAACAAUGAUUAAGUAUACACUGAUUAAAUUUGUUUUUAAGUAAGGGAGCAUAUCAAUACAGUUGACUUUAAAAAUAAAUUGUUUAAGUAUGUAUACUGCGUUUAAACAAAUACAAUGAAUGCCAUCGAACGAAAUUCAUCCUCACGUUUUUACUUUUUAGCCUUUGCAUGUAUAUACGUUUACAGACCAUAAUAUUAUGCAUUUGGUGAUUUGAAUUCGGCCAAAGGUUAUUUGCGAGACACAUCCGUGCUAUAAAUUGAAAACAGGGAAUGCGUAUAUCUAUUACUAGUUUCGUGUAAUUCAAAGGUAAAAUAGGAUUCGCGGAUUUUUUUAUCUAAGAUAAGGUUUUUAUUUGCAAUUUCAGUGUCAUAAUAUGUCCAGUUCGUUAAUUUUCACUCAGCGUUGAGUCAGCUGUUUGAAGGCCCGUUUAUCAGGUUACGAAGGUCACCUUAUUAUUUUAUCUGAGUAUUAUUAUGUCACCGAUUGUUGAAACUGUAACUGGGAGUUUAUUAAACAAUCAAUAGAUGUCAUGUCUUUCCACGUAUCGUACUGUUUACUUUAGCGCAAAAGGAUACUGGUGAAAAGUGAGUCUAAUCCUUAAACAAAUAUAGGGCAGCAUAAUCAAUUUGUUGUAGUUCAUAAGGACUGGUCACAAUGCUAACCAAAUUCCAUAUUUAAAUUUUCGGUUUGUUGUAAACGGAAUGAGAUAUUCGUCAUUGUGUGACUGAAGCGAAUCGAAUUACUGAUAAUAUGCGUGUUAUCGAUGGCAGGAGCUCGCAGAAUAUUGCAUUGAAUUGCAUUCACUAGGCUGUAUCAGAAAAAAAUCUGUUAGAUUCACAUUGAGGGUCUUUUUACUAAACAUUCCUAAUAUAAGUAUUAUAUUUACCAUAAAAAAAUGAGCGCAAUAUAUUUCUUUAUUUCUUACAUUCCACAUAUACGUGCUUUUGAAGUGAUGGUUCAGGGCAUAAAAUCUUUUUAAUUUCGAUACCCACUGAAAAGUUUCUGGUUAGAUUUUGUUCAGGCAAUUAAUUGGUUAUCACAAUGCCUGGUGUGACCUCUUUAUACAAUUUAUCUUACUUACUUUAUAUAAGUUAUUAACUUCUUCUUGGGGAUGCAGAGGAUUACAAAUUCAAAUAAUAAUAUAUUAUCGCCUUUAUAUCCUAUUCGAAUUUUAAAAUUUGGAAUUUAUUCUUUUCCAAGCCCAUAAAAUGGAUACGUUGUGUUCUUAUUGAAUUAUUUUAAAUCUUAGUGUUUAGGUAUAUUAUUUUAUUUACAAUGAAUUUCUAUUGUUUUUUUCUUUAAUUCUAUUAUUUCCAUUAUGAAAGAUUUAUAAAUUAACAACGUGUUUAAAAUCCUUCGAUCAAUUUAAAAACAACAUUCCACUUAUUAUGAAAUCAAAAUAAUAGGAUUAUUAUAAUUUGACACGUUCAUUUUUUCGACGAGUAUCGUUGAAGACUAAUAAUUAUAAUUGGCAACUUGUAUACAUUUAAAUGGAUAAGUUUCCGUCCAUAAUUUCGAUUGAAUGAAUAGUUUAAAAUGUUCUAAUACUUUUCUAUUUCUUUCGUGGCAGUGAUAAAUUGAUAACUAAAUUAGAAAUAUAGUUCAUGGUUUUUUAAAGAUUAGGUCACACCACUGCAAAAUUUUGACUACGUGUCGCUUUAAGUAUAAAAAUGCGUGCACACGCAGUAUUUCUUAUAUCGUAAUGUAACUUAUAAGGUAAUAAUUCCCCAGAACAUACACACUUACAUUCAUUAGGCACGGGCUGGUGAGGGUAUUAUCGUGUGAUUUGAACUGUGACUGCCUGAAUGCUUAAUCAAUUUACUGAUGCAUGUGUCAUUUGUGCAAUGGUGUGAACAAAAUUAUUUAAUAAACCAAAAUAUUGUUGUAGCGUUGUAUGAAUUAUAAUCUCUUAAUUUUACCACAGACAUACAAUAUAUUAUAAUCUGACCAAACAUUGAAUGAUUCAUAAAUGUUAGGAAUAUUGGAAAAUUGUUAACAUUUCUAUAAUGAUUGUUGGCGUUUAAUAUUUGCAUUUGUUUUGAACUUUAUUUCUUUUUUACUAUAAUCUUUUUUUUUUAAUAUACAAGUUGACCUGAAUAUAGAUAGGUCUGUACGGUUUGGAGUGAAAUAUUUAAGUAGAGUUUUUAUUAUGGAAAUGGUUGAGAACGGUAGGAGGCGCAAUUUAGUUUUCGCUUUGCGCUUUCAUGUUUUUAAACUUUAUUUUUUGUAGUUUAUUUAAUGUAGGUAUAUUCUCCUUUACUUACAAACAUUUUUAAUCAGUGUUUUAACUAAUGACUGUCAUUUUAUCUCUUGAGUUAAACGCCUGAAGAGUGAGAGCACCCUGACUUAGUUAAAACACCAACUUAGAAAGUUUUUAAGUAAGGGAUUCAUCUAUGAUUUGUUUUGUAUACUUAAUCCAUGUCAUCAAAAAUGUAUGCCCCAAUCGGGCGUUAAAUAUAUAUAUAUUAUAAAGCUAUGUUAUUAAUAAAUAUGGCUUCCUUGUUAAGCAUUGCACUGCUUAAUCUUUAAUAUUUUUAAGUAAUAAAGUUUUGAAUAAUCGCCUGCCUUAAUGAUCUGUGUAAAUUUAGUAGUUCUGUCUGUGCUCCGUGUAGAAUUUACUGUAGCUGUUGUAAUUUUAAGAUCAAUAAUAUGGCUUUUGUCACUAUAUAAGAUAUAAGCCGAGUAACUUCUGUAAUCUGUUUGUUUAUUAUUAUACAUAAAGAAAGGUUAUGAGGUCAUGUUGAGAUUUAUUUUACUGAAUGACAAGGCUGUAGUACACUAUCACCAUUUUGUUUUGUCAAGAUAAAUACCGAAACUUACAAUUAAUGUUUAUGGCGUAAAUUAUUUAAAAUAUUUGUAAUUAUGUGCAAUGACAUGCAUCCUAAUACGCUGUUGCUUUUAAUGAGGCUACAAGGAGGCGGUGCGGCAGCGUUAUAAUGUUGGCAUUGUCUAGUGCUAUCAGGGCGCUGCAGUGUGGAUAGUGUAAUGCAGUUGCUUUGAGAGUGCACUACUUUCCUCUGCCGCCUCCCUUCCAGGUACCAGGUCUAGUGCGCGUAUAUUGUCUCUGAUGUUUAUAUAAAGGCGCCGCAACGGCACCACACGGUCGGUAAUCGUCGUAGUAUUGUCGAAAUCUAUGUCAGGGUGAUACAUCUGUGAAAACGGCCUAAGAAUUAUAUUAUCUGAAUUAUUGGGCCGUUGAGUUGAAUUAGUAUAUUUAAUUGUAAUUAAACACAAUUUGUUCGAUGUAAUUGAAAUAAUAAAACGUGCCAUGUGUAGUUACUUUCGGUUUAUUUAAAUUUACUUUUAAAUUAUAAUAACUUAGGAAUUAUACAUUCAUUAUUAUAUUUUUUCUACAACCAGUUCCUGUUUUACUGAACUGCGCACAAUUUAAACACUAAAAGUUGUCGCUUAUAGCAUUAACUGCGUAUUACAAAACAAUUUAUGCUUAUAUAAUAAAUAUACAUUGAACAUCUGAAUGAUAUAAGAUUUUAAAUGAGAGUUUUUAUGCACAAACAUGAGACAAAUAAUUGAUGAUAAACACGAGUGUUACGACCUUGCCAUUGUAAGAUGCAUAAUAUCGUAGUGCGCGCCUGUUUUCAAGUUUGUUUCCUAAUACAUUGUUAGACGAUUGAGUUUUCACUGUGCCAAAACCAUAUCAUGAUCAGUGAUAAAUAUUGUAUAUGAUGUAUAAGAUGUUUUGUUUAUUAGAUUGUCUUAAAUAUAUGGAGUCUAUCUUUUCCAAAUUAUACAGUGGUGGUUUCUGCAGUGCUGAGGAAGAUAUUCAAGUUCCUUAUCAUUGAAAUCUAUAAACCUAUUUCCUUAACAUUUAUGUAUUUUUAGUGUGUAACGUAGUCCAAACGCAUAUUUGCUAUUUUUCGAGGGCUAUUGACGUAUCUUUUUAAUAAAAUAUGCAUUUUAUUUUCUAUAUUGAUUAAGCACAAUAGAAUAAGAGCUGGGAUGACAUUCAACAAGUUUGUCCUUACAAUAUCUGUGGACGAGUACUGUAUUUAUAUUUUUGGUUGUGAAACUGUUUUGUUUAUCUUCCGACUAAGUGAGUUUCGUGUAAUAAAUUGUGGGUUAACAUUGUUGAAUUAACUAAUCUUGUGAUUUAGAUUUUAUACUUCUUGUUUAAAACAAUCAAAAUCUAUACUAGAUUACUAGAUGUUAGCUAUAUUUUCAAUGUCAUUGUAAAUAAAAUGCCAACUUGUUGA